GAAACGUUAGAGACAUGCAUACUAGAAAAGAAAAAAUGUCUUCAGAGGAAAAGAGAAAACCAAAUUAUGGAUCAAUCCUUUUGUACUGCUUCGUCUGUUUCGUACUCGUUGCGGAAGUCGCAAGAUUGGCAAAACCUUACUACAACAACCUUCAGAACGUCAUGGGGACGGCAGCACUUGUAGUAGAAGAAGGAUUCAUGGACGUGGAGAACUCAGAGAUGCUUCCAUGUUCCUACCGGAAACCUGCCUCUGUUGCUGCUCGAAACCACGAGAAGCUAACGGGUCUAAUAAGGCGAGAGGAUAGAACUCGUCCUCCAUCUUCGUACUGCGUGAAGUUCCAGAAUUUUGCCACUCUGGCGAACCUGGUCAAACAAAACGGUGACAAGUACGAGUCACGUCCUUUCACCGUCGGUGGUUACAACUGGACGUUAAUAAUCUACCCGAACGAGAAUAAACCACAGGGCUCGGGUGGAUUCGUUUCGAUGUACGUAAGAAUCGAUAACUCAACCCUCAUCGACAAUCCAAGAAAUGUGUAUGCAGAGAUCACAUUCCUCACCUACAAAGCCACUAUAGACAAGUACCAUUAUCUCCAGGAGACUGAUGUGCAGCGAUUUCAUUUGUUUAAACAAGAAUGGGGACAGUCAAGGUUUCUUGAGAUUGGGUACUACAGGGAUGUGAACUCUGGAUUCAUUUUCAACGGGGGACAAAGUGUGUUUGGCGUUGACAUCCUCGUUACUAAUCCUUUUGAGAAUUGGGAAGUCUUCUCUUACGAAGAAAACAUUCCUGACCCUCUUAUCAAUUGGAGGAUCACCAACGUCUCUACACGUUCUGCUCGCUUUUACACUUCUCCUCCGUUUUCUUCCGGAGGAAGAGACUGGGCAUUUAAAGUGUAUCUUAACGGAGUUGGGACUGGAACGGGCAAUUCGUUAUCACUUUUUUUGUUGAGUGCAUCAAAUGAAAGAGGUUACGUGAAAGCCAAGUUGAGAGUUAUUGACCAGAUCCGAUCCCAACAUGAGGAGAAACAGGUGGAAGGAUGGCCCAAUUCAACUGAGAACGGAUGGGGUUUUGAGAAGUUUAUACCACUCCAAGAUAUCAAAAACCCAGCUAAAGGUUUCAUUUUCAACGACAUAAUCAAAUUCGAGGCUCAGAUCUUGUCCUUCUCUAAAGUUGACUCUUUCUAGGGUUUAAGAUGAUUCCACAAUCACUCUUUUUCCGUUUAAACCGAAUAUCUCCACUAUGUAAUAAUUCCGCAGUGACCAAGUGAAUUACUUUCAAUAUGGUUCACUGUUUUGUUGUAUCUGUUUAAUAAUGAAAAGUUGGUGCUUUUCUAUGUCAAAA